AGCAGCGAUUGUGGUCACCUGGGCAGACCCCCGACUACUGGAAGCCGCCCAAGGACGUAGGUGACGCCAGGGCCUGGAGGCAGGGCAGAGCCUGGAACUGCGAGAGUCUGUUAACUCUAAGAUGUCCUUGAGCAGCGGAGCUUCCGGAGGGAAAGGAAUCGAUGCGAACCGGUUGAGACGUACGAAGCGGGGAUGAGUGGGACAUUGCGUAGGGAAUCUCAUCAUCGACCUGGACGCUGAUUUGGAGAAGGAUCAGCAGAAAUUGGAAAUGUCAGGCUCCAAGGAGGUGGGGCUCCCGCACCAACGCGGUGGCAACCCUGCCGGAUAACAUCAAGUUUGUGAGCCCGUGCCGGGCCCACAGGGCAAAGGAAGGCAAAUCCAAGUCGAAGAGGGAGCAAGAGUGGCAAGGACAGUGGGAAGCCAGCCCCGGGGAGCUCCUUGUUCGCUCCCAGUGAGGGAGCUGGCGGCAAGAAAGAGGCUCAGGGACGCUCCGGGGACGGUGCAAACUCGGGUGGCCUGGUGCCCUCCGUCACCCCGAAGGGCUCAGAGAAGUCGGCCAAGGCGUCUCGCAGUGUGGCUGGCUCCAAGAAGGAGAAGGAUGGUGGCUCAUCCAAAAGCAAAAAGGAAAGGAGUGAAAGCGCAGGGGCUGCAGCAGAGAAGGAGCCCAGUGUGCUGCAGCCCCUGGCCCUGGCAGUGAGGGUGUGGACAGUAUGACGUGAGCCAGGGGAUGGAGCCAGCGGCUGCCGAGCCGCUGGGGAGUGUUAGCGAUUGAAACAGGAGCGGCGCUCAACACCCUUGGGAGUUAAGUCAGAGCUGGAGGAUGGGGACAGUGAGUGCCGGCAGCUGAAGAAGGUGAAGUCGGAGAAGAUGGAGUCUCCGGUCUCUACGCCUGCGGUGUUGCCCUUGCACCUUCUCGUCCCAGUCGUGAACAACGACAUCUCGUCGCCUUGUGAGCAGAUCAUGGUGCGCACCCGUUCGGUGGGUGUCAACACCUGUGACGUUGCCCUGGCCACUGAGCCCGAGUGCCUGGGGCCCUGCGAGCCUGGGACCAGCGUGAACCUGGAGGGUAUCGUCUGGCAGGAGACAGAGGACGGUAUGCUGGUGGUCAAUGUCACCUGGAGGAACAAGACCUACGUGGGGACGCUACUGGACUGCACGCAGCACGACUGGGCACCUCCCCGGUUUUGCGACUCUCCUACCAGCGACUUGGAGAUGCGCAAUGGCCGGGGCAGGGGCAAGCGCAUGCGCCCCAACAGCAACACACCAGUCAAUGAGACUGCUGCCACCUCCGACAGCAAAGGCACCAGCAGCAGCAGCAAGACCAGGGCAGGAGCCAACAGCAAGGGACGCCGGGGCAGCCAGAACUCCUCAGACCACCGCACACCGCCUGGCACAGCGGAGGAUGUGAAAGCCAGUCCUUCCUCUGUCACUAAGCGGAAGAGUAAACCCCUCUCUGACAUGGAGCUGAACUCCAGCUCUGAGGACUCCAAGGGCAGCAAACGCAUCCGCACAAAUUCGAUGGGCUCAGCAGCUGUGCCGCCCGCCACAGUCAAGGUAGAGAUGGCUGUCCUGGACCGGAACUGCCCUUCUCCCAUCCUCAUCGACUGUCCCCACCCCAACUGCAACAAGAAAUACAAGCACAUCAAUGGGCUGAAGUACCACCAGGCCCACGCGCACACUGAUGAUGACAGCAAGCUGGAGGCAGAUGUGGACAGUGAGUACGGCGAGGAGCCCUCCCUGCACACGGACGUUGGGAGCUGCAAUGGUGCCGCCGCCGCUCAGAAGGGCUCGCUCUCACCAGCCCGCUCAGCCACUCCCAAGGUGCGCCUGAUGGAGCCCCACAGCCCCUCCCCAUCUGGCAAGUUCAGUGCCAAGGCACCCUGCAAGAAGAAGCUGGGUGGGGAAGGAGACAUGGACCCAGGUGCUCUGUCCAAUGAUGGCUCUGAGGAUGGUCCCUCAGUGGCUGAUGAGACAAGCAAUGACGGCUUUGACUCUCUGGAGAAGCGAUGUGUUGACAAGGACAAGUCCAAGAAGGCAUCUGGUGCUAAGCCAGAGAAGAUCCCUUCCAAAAGUCUGAAGUCGGCCAGGCCCAUUGCGCCAGCCAUACCCCCGCAACCUAUUUACACCUUCCAGACAGCCACCCUCACCGCAGCCAGCCCCGGCUCCUCCGCCGGCCUCGCUGCCACCGUCGUCCAGACCAUGCCCAACAGCCCACAGCUCAAACCCAUCCAGCCCAAACCCACGGUGAUGGGCGAGCCCUUCACGGUCAACCCCGCCCUCACCCCUUCCAAGGAGAAGAAAAAGAAAGACAAGAAGAAGAAGGAGCCCAAGGAGGCAGAAAACCCUUUGACUCCUGGCAAAGCCUGCAGAGCGGAAGAAGGGAAGAGCCCUUUCCGGGGGGAAUCCAGUGAUGUGGGGACGAAAGGCGAGGGGCUGCUGAAUGGCUCCUCCGACCCCCACCAGAGCCGGCUCGCCAGCAUCAAGGCUGAGGCAGAUAAGAUCUACAGCUUCACUGACAAUGCGCCGAGCCCAUCCAUUGGCAGUGGCAGCAGGCUGGACAGCACCAACCCAGCCCAGCCCUUGACCCCACUACACAUCGUCACCCAGAACGGUGCAGAGGCCAGCUCUGUCAAGACCAACAGCCCGGCCUACUCGGACAUCUCCGAUGCCGGGGAGGAUGGGGAGGGCAAGCUGGAGAGUGUGAAGGCGAAGGAUCCCGAGCAGCUGGUCAAGGAAGGUGCCAAAAAAGCCCUUUUCCCCCCACAGCCGCAGAGCAAAGAGUCUCCCUAUUACCAAGGCUUCGACACCUACUACUCCCCCGGGUACCCCCAGGCGAGCCCGGGGCCCCUGAAUCCUGGCGGCCAGGCCCCAGCUGAGGCGCAGGCCUUGAAGCUGAAGAAGGAUGACGAGCAGGAGAACCCCGAGGCAAAAGUGAAGAGUGAGGGCUGUGAGGAGAAGAAGGCAGAGCUCGGCGGUUCCAGCCAGCAGCCCUCGGUCAUCCAGCAGCGCCCCAACAUGUACAUGCAGUCCCUCUACUACAACCAGUACGCCUAUGUGCCGCCCUAUGGCUACAAUGAGCAGGGCUACCACGCGCACCUCCUGAGCACCAACCCUGCCUACCGCCAGCAAUAUGAGGAGCAGCAGAAGCAGCGGCAGAGCCUGGAGCAGCAGCAGCAGCGAGGGCUGGAGAAGAAAGCGGAGCUGGGCUUGAAGGAGAGGGAAGCAGCACUCAAAGAGGAGUGGAAACAAAAGCCACCCAUGCCACCAACGCUUACCAAGGCCCCGAGCCUCACAGACCUCGUCAAGUCGGGGCUGAGUAAGGCCAAGGAACAAGGAGGUCCUGACAUGGCCAAAUCCGUCAUCAUCCCCAAGCUGGAGGACUCAUCCAAGCUGUCCAGCAGCCAGGGUGCUGAGGGGCUGAAGGUGAAGCUGAGCGAGGCCAGCCACCUGGGGAAAGAGACCGCUGAGACGAAGACUGGCUCCGAGUGCAGCCGGCAAGCGGAGGUGGACCCUGUGCUCUGGUACAGACAGGAAGCGGAGCCCCGGAUGUGGACCUAUGUGUACCCGGCGAAGUACUCGGACAUCAAGACAGAGGAUGAGCGGUGGAAAGAGGAGAGGGACCGCAAGUUGAAGGAAGAAAGGAAUCGAAGCAAAGAAGCUGCGUCCAAGGAGGAUGGGAAAGAGAGCACGAGCUCCGAGUGCAAGCUGACCCCCACCGAGGAGGCUCGUCUGGUGGGGAAGGACCCCAGACCCAGCGUCCAUGUCCCCGUGUCAUCACCCCUCACGCAGCACCAGUCCUACAUCCCCUACAUGCACGGCUACUCCUACAGCCAGUCGUAUGACCCCAACCACCCCAGCUACCGUGCCAUGCCCACCGUCAUGAUGCAGAACUACCCAGGCUCAUACCUACCCUCCAGCUAUUCCUUCUCUCCAUACGGGAGCAAGGCAUCUGGCAGCGAUGAGAGUGACAAGUCCCGAUCCAGCCCCAGCGUGAGCUGUAAAUCCAGCUCGGAGUCCAAGGCCCUGGACAUCCUGCAGCAGCAUGCCAGCCACUACAAGAGCAAAUCGCCCACGAUAAGUGAGAAGACAUCUCAGGAGCGGGACCGCAGCGGCUGUGGGGUGGUGGGAGGCGGUGGGAGCUGCAGCAGUGUCGGAGGAGCCAGCGGGGGAGAGCGCAGCACUGACCGACCCCGCACCUCGCCCUCUCAGCGCCUGCUCUCGACGCAUCAUCACCACCACCACCUCGGGUACUCACUGCUCCCAGCGCAGUACAACCUGCCCUAUGCAACAGGUCUCUCCUCCACAGCCAUCGUUGCCAGCCAGCAAGGCUCUGCCCCCUCCCUCUACCCACCUCCCCGGAGGUGAGAACGGUAAGGCUAUGCUCCUGUGGUGCCAGCACGGCUGGGCUGGAGGUUGCCUGGAUGGGGAUGCUGGGGGUCCGGGGCUUGGCCGGCGCUGCCGGUGGCGGGAGCUGACUUGCACUUGGGUUGCGGCAGGAAGUGAGGCGCCAGGAUGCCUGGGCUGGAUGAGCCGUGUGGCUGGCUUACUUAGGGAAGCGCCGGAGACUCCGUUAGACAUCAGUUGAAUGGUGUCACUCGUUCCACUCGACGUUCCUGCCAGGAGCCGAGGCAGACUGUGUCUUCUCCCCUGAUGCCAGACACACACUGACUCCCCUCCACACCCUCCCCCUGGUGAGCUGGUACCUGCGGAAAUAUUUAUUCUACUGGGCACCAGUGCUCGGAGUGGGGGUGAUUGCCUGCCCGGUGCAUAUGAAGAGGAAACGGAAGCACUACAGUUUCUCCAUGCAUUUGGGACCCUGUGAGCCACUGCUUCUGGAUGAGGCUGAGCGCCACGGGACUGGGCGCUGCCUCCAUCUGCUUCUCACCAAGGCGAGCCUAUGUGGAGCAGCGGUCUCAGGAAGGGAAGGGCUGGCUCGCACGGGGGCUGGGAGUCAGGCUGGCCGGAGGCGACUGUAGGGCACAGGCAGGUGCUGGAUGUGGGGCUUAGCCCUGCCAGUCCCACAGCCCAUCCUGUGCCCCACAAUGCCCGCCACUUUGUGCCGGCACUAGCAGGAGUUGCUGGUGCGUGGCUGAUGGUGCUGGGGAGCUAGGGUCUGCAU